AUGGCGACGUCCUCGGCGGGCCGGUACGCGGCGGCGCUCCACCGGCGGACGCACCGGGUCACGUCCGCGCUGGCCUACGCGGCGCUCGAGUGGGUCCUCAUCGCGCUGCUGCUCCUCAACGGCCUCCUCUCCCACGCCGUCGCCCGCUUCGCCGCCUACUUCCGCCUCCGCCCGCCCUGCCUCCUCUGCUCCCGCGCCGACCGCCUCUUCGGCGCCGAGCAGGAGGACGCCGAUCAGGCGGCGGGCGACGCGCGCUGGCUGCGGGGGCUCCUCUGCGGCGCCCACGCGGCCGAGAUCUCCGGGAUGGGCUACUGCCUCCACCACCGCCGCCUCGUCGCCGACGCCGCCGACAUGUGCGAGGGCUGCCUCUCUUCCUGGAAGAGGGAGAUGAUGCGGGACGCGGAGGAGGACGGCGCCGUGGUCUGCUCUUGCUGCAAAGCCCUCGUGCAGAUUACUUCUUCACGCGCGCUGGAGGAUCCUGCUGUACACCACAAGGCAGCCGAAGAAGAAGAACAAGAUCAAGGCUACGUUCUGCUGGAUCAAGAAGACCACGAAGACGAAGAAGAGGAGCAAAACGAAGAGGAAGCACAAGAACAACAAGGAGAGAUCAAGGUGGCUGCCGUGGAGGACGAGUCCUUGGAAUUCAUGGCUCAGGGCGAAGAGAUCACGCCUGAAGACGACGAUCGCUUGGUGCCGGUGGUGGCACUCGAUGAGAUGACAAUUGCCGACGAUUCGGGUCUGCAUCCGGAUGCCCCUGGCUCUCAGCGGGACGACAUGAAUCGCACGGACGAUGAGCGUGAUUCGGAUGAUCUUGAUACCGCAGUGGUUCCGGAGGAGAAGAGGAUGCUGGCUUCUUCGGUUGCAACGGCGCCUGCCACGGCCGAGAAUUCCAUUCGCCAAGAUGAUGAACUGGUUCUUGAAGAUACUGUCGAAACUGGAGAUUUCAGGACUGAUGAAGGAGACAUUGUUGUGCCUCAAGGUAAUAACCUCUCCAUUUGUUCCUCGGCCCGUUCAAUUUUACUCAAGUCGAUUACUGUCCCAUCAUCUCAUGAUUUUUGUUUGGUUCUACUUCUAGCCACUGAAGCAAUUCCUGAAGAUGGCAGCAAAUCGGCAGAGGUGGAGACUAACUGCGAGGUGUCAAUCGGGAGCGACAUCUGCGAGCAGGAGCAAGAUGGCCAUGCUGCUCCGUUUCAAGAACUGGUGGCGCUGGAGGAGCUGUUUUCUCCAUUGGAAUAUGCAGAUGACCGGACAUCACCACCGGAGAUCCUCCAUGAAACAGCCCCAGCCGAGCAAGGUAGCGAAGCAAGUGAAGCAGAGCAUGAGGCGACGGCGAGCCGGAGAUUUGAGUACCAAUCGAAUGGCGAGAACGAGGAGGACGAAGACAGGGCACCGGAGACGCCCACCUACAGCUUUGCUGCCCAGAACUCCGGCAAAAGGUUCUUGCUCGAGAGGAAGCGGUCACUGUCCUUGUCCUUGGAUGGCAGCGUGUCGAGCGAGGUCGAGUGUGCCGAGCCUUCCACCGUCGAUCAGCUGAGAUCCGCGCUGCAGGCGGAGCGAAAGACGCUCAGCGCCAUGUACGCCGAGCUGGAGGAAGAGAGGAACGCCGCCGCCAUCGCGACCAACCAGACGAUGGCGAUGAUCAACCGGCUGCAGGAGGAGAAGGCCGCCAUGCAGAUGGAGGCGCUGCAGUACCAGAGGAUGAUGGAGGAGCAGUCCGAGUACGACCAGGAGGCGAUGCAGCUGCUGACGGAGCUGGUCACCAAGAGGGAGAGGGAGAAGCAGGAGCUGGAGAGGGAGCUGGAGCUGUACAAGCAAAAGCUGCUGCAGUACGAGGACAGGGAGAGGAGGAGGAUGCCGGCCUUCGAGGACAAUGCGCGUAGCCCCGACGGCAAUGGCACCUCUGCGUCGUCCAGCGGCGAGGACAGCGACGAGAAUUCCGAUGACUCCUGCGAGCUGGGCGAGUCUCCGAGCGGCAAUCUUCAGAGCUCGCCGGACGCUGCUCUUAGCCCCAGGGCGGAUCAAGAGAACACCGGUCAUCUUGUGGCGCUGGAUGACUCCUUGACGUACAUGGAGAUGGAGAGGCUGUCCAUCUUGGAGGAGCUCAAGGCACUCGAGGAGCGGCUCUUCACGCUGGAAGACGACGAUAUCAACGGCAGCAAUGCGGCUGCUGGCCUUUCCUCAGACGAUCACGGUCCCCAUUCGCCGGAGAAUGGCCUCGCCGGCAACAAGGCCAGGUUUGAAGGCAGAGCUUCUGUUUCCAGAGGAAAGAGCCUCCUACCUCUCUUUGACGCGGUCGGUGACGAGAACGUCGACCGUGCACCACCAGCAGCCACCGAUGGUUCGACGAAACCGGCCGUCGCCGUGUUCGCCAAAGAGCAGGAGAGGCUGGCGAUAAUCGAGGAGGUGGAUCAUGUGUACGAGAGGCUGCAAGCACUGGAGGCGGACAAGGAGUUCCUGAGGCACUGCAUCAAGUCCCUCAAGAAAGGGGACAAGGGCAUGCACCUUCUCCAGGAGAUCCUGCAGCAUCUUCGCGAGCUCCGGGGCGUGGAGCUUCAUGCCAAGCACGCCGGCGAUGCCAUUGUUGCAAAUUCAGCAUAG